AUGAUUAAAGUUAUAUAUAUAUAUAUAUNAUCAGAACAACUCCAAGGUAAAUCUCAAAUACCCUUCUCAAAUACCCUCUUCUCAUUCUCUCCGUUCUCCUCUUCCGCUUCCGGCUUCUUUCUAGUGAGAUAUUACAUUCUCAACAAUUGUAUAAUUUGUGACGGAGAUGACAGCCGAUGGCUGCUGAAAAAGGAGAAAAACACAGUCAUGUAUAAGCCGGAUAUAGGCUCACGUCAGGUCUAUGGUGCAUUUCUUCUUGGCAGCGGAAGAUUCUAUGUAGAAUCGAGAUGUCACAGCAGUUUUUCAUCACAAAUCCUGAUGUAGCACUAGCAGAGAAAGUGGGCUCUUUUUCUUGGAUAUGAUUACGAAAAAAUAAAAGGAAGCAGUACCAUCAAGCCAUCCUUGAACACUACUUAUGUGAUGCAACAAUACUUAUGUGAUGCAACAAUUUCAAUUGCCAAUUGUUUCUACUGUUGCAUUCUCGUGUUCCGUUUGAGUAUAUUAUAGUUAUUGAAAUGCUUCUCCGAUUCACUAUAGGUAUUGAAGGUCACUUCAUUGCAUGCAAAAGCUAUGCCAUUUGCUAUGCAGUAAAGAGACUGCUUCAACAUUUAUCCGCAUAAAAAUUGUUUUAAAACAUUAUCACCCAUAUUCCAUCAAAAUGGGAACUCCUACAAAUUUUAGUCAAUGUAUUUCUACUUUUUUAUUUAUUAAAUCCAAUAUAAUGUCACGUGGGACAUA